AUGUAUGCAUAGAUAUGUACAAUUUCAGCUUGGCAACAGUUAUCUUAAAGCAUAUAUACUCUUUACUUCAUCAAUUUAGAUCCUCUCCUGUGCACUAAAUACAUUCUUUGGAAACUUCCUACAAUUUUCAAUACAACGUUAUGGCUUCCAUUACGAAAGGGAUAUUUAUUGUGGCUGCUAAACGAACUCCAUUUGGUGCUUUUGGGGGUAAAUUGUCAUCCAAGACGAGCAUCGACUUGGCCGAGGUGGCCUCAAAAGCGGCGCUGGCAGCGGGAAAUGUGAAUCCAGAAAUUAUUGAUUCCGUCGUCGUGGGGAAUGUUAUCAGUUCCUCCUCUGAAGAUGGUCCCUUCAUUUCCCGCCACCUCCUCCUCCGCUGUGGCAUCCCGUUGGAUCGACCUGCCCUCAACGUCAAUCGAAUGUGUGGCUCAGGAUUCCAAGCCAUCGUCACUGGAGCGCAUGAUAUCACAAUGGGGGACUCUAAAGUCGUCCUCACUGCGGGAAGCGAGUCCAUGAGUGGGGCCCCCUUUCACCUGAGGAAUAUCCGCUUCGGGACCAAGUUAGGGGCCGACUAUAAGGUUGAAGACCACUUGUGGAGUUCAGGCUUUGAUUCGUAUUGCAAAACAAAUAUGGGUGGAACUGCAGAGAACUUGGCCGAAAAAUACGGGAUCAGUCGGCAGGAAGCUGAUGAAUUUUCCUUCCGCUCCCAGCAGCGGUGGAAGGCUGCCAACGACCAAGGAUUCUUUGCGAAGGAAAUGGCUCCUGUCACCGUAAAGGGCAAAGGUGGCGUGGAAACAUCCAUUACAACGGAUGAGCACCCAAGACCAAACACCACCCUCGAGAUGAUGUCCAAACUACCCGCCGUUUUCAAAAAGAACGGCACCGUCACCGCUGGGACUGCAUCGGGAAUAAACGACGGGGCGGGAGCCGUCAUAAUUGCGAGUGAGGCUGCUUUAACGGAAUACAACUUGACCCCACUAGCCCGCCUGGUGGGGUACGGGAUCGCCGGUGUGGAGCCGCACAUUAUGGGCAUCGGACCUGUCCCAGCGAUACUAAAAUUACUCAAAAUUUCUGGGAAAUCCUUAGCCCAAAUUGAUCUUAUCGAGAUUAAUGAAGCAUUUGCCUCACAAACGUUGGCUUGUCAGAAAGAGCUGGACAUCGAUCCGGCCAAAUUAAACGUGAAUGGUGGCGCAGUUGCGAUUGGGCAUCCCGUCGGAGCUUCCGGUUCCAGGAUCACAGCUCACCUUGUACAAGAGUUGAAACGACGUGGGGUCAAGCAUGGAAUUGGCUCAGCUUGUAUUGGUGGUGGACAAGGAAUUGCGCUCUUGCUUGAAAGUCUGUAAUCGUCCAGAGACCAAAAUCGUCUUCUUUAAAUAACGAUGUAUUACUUCGAAUAAAAAUCAAUAAAGUUUUGAUCCCAGUCAUCCGUGCUGUUGCAUAACCAA